GACAUGUGACAUGAGAACGGAAAGCCCCAAAAAAAGACAAAAGGUAGAAGCCAUGUCUCCCACACCGAGCGAGGCGUCUGGCGGCGUGCAGAGGAGACGCAGAGGAUGCUCCUAAUCCGAUCCAUCAGGGCUUUUUGUUUUUUCUCCUCUGGAAAAAAAAAUUCACGUUUCUAUUUCUAACGGGAGUAAUUGCGCUCUCGCGUGCAUGCAGUGACUUCCAGCUGAAGCCGUGCCACCACCAAAACAAUCAGCAGACAGACGGUAUCGUUAGAGCCGGGGAUCAAUUAUAAAGUCAGCUCAUUUUUUUCAGGAGAGUUUGAUACGCGUUGCUUUUUUUUCUCCUUCUUGGACCGGACCCUCAUCUGUCAAAAAAAAAAAAAAAAAGGAUCAACUGUUGCUGCAGCCGGAGAGCGCGAGCACCGACACAUUCUCCACGCGCGUCUGGCUCUUUCAUAAUGGAUGUGUGACCGCCACUUGGUCUCCUGCAUGCAGCCACACAGCCGGCGGUGUGUGCCAUGAACAUGGAAGAGAGACUCGUUCUGUUGUUGAUGCCUCGGAUACACCUUCAUCUGUCCUGAUGUGAUGCCACAUUGUUGCACUGAGGAGAUAACACCCCACACCGCUGCCGGCUUUUUUUUCAUACUGGUUGAUCAUCUGUGUGUUGACCUUGCCCGAUUUUGACAUCUAUUCAGCGGGAGAUCAUCAUCAUCUUCAUCACCAUGCUGAUGAUGAUGAAGAACGGAGGGAUGGAUGCGCAUCAGGUUGAUAUCGAUUCGGAAUUCGAGCCUCACGGUCGCUCGCGGUCGUGCACCUGGCCGCUGCCGUGUCCGGAGGAUUUCCCCGGGGGAGAAGAGGCGAGUCGAGGUCUGGCCCUGGCGUCGGUCAAAGUGGAGCAGUACAACGUGCCCGCGUGCCUGGCCGAGAGAAAAGGCGGCGCACCGGCGGAGAUCAAGCACCCGGCCGGCGCCCCGACCCCGGUGGUGGCCGCUCCUGCCUGCAUGUCCGGGGCUGCGCUCGACGUGGCCGGCCAGCUGCGCAAAGCCAAGUCCUCCCGGCGGAACGCGUGGGGGAACCUGUCUUAUGCAGACCUCAUUACCCGUGCCAUCGAGAGCACCCCGGAGAAGAGACUGACGCUGUCCCAGAUUUAUGACUGGAUGGUUCGCUUUGUUCCUUAUUUCAAGGAUAAAGGCGACAGCAACAGUUCAGCCGGAUGGAAGAAUUCAAUCAGACACAAUCUGUCCCUGCACAGCCGCUUCAUCCGGGUGCAAAAUGAAGGCACGGGGAAGAGUUCGUGGUGGAUGCUGAACCCAGAAGGAGGGAAGAUGGGGAAGGGACCCAGACGGCGGGCGGCCUCGAUAGACACCGGCAACCGCUACCUGAAGACCAAGGGUCGCAUCAGCCGAAAGAGAGCGGGGGCCAUGGGCCUCGGACGGGGACAAGGUCAGAGGGCCGGACCCGCGAUGCAAGACUCCCCGGAGCAUGGCAGUCCAGCAGGGAAAGGAGGUGUGGGCAUUGGGGGCGAGGAGUACGACACCUGGACGGAUCUCCAUUCCCGCACCUCCUCCUCUGCUUCCACACUGAGCGGCUGCCUGUCCCCGGUCCUCGCCGAGGCUGAGGCCGACGAACCGGAGGAAGGUGGACUGUCCUGUUCGGCCUCCCCUCGACUGUACCCCAGCCCCUCCAGCACACGCUCCCCGGCCCUGGGCACCGGAGGCCACUGCCCGACCGUGGAGCUGCCCCAGCUGACUGACUUGGCGGGGGCCAUCAGUCUCGAGGAAGGUGGCUACCCCCAGCCACAGCAAAUCAAAUGCAAUGGUUAUCCCUACGUGCCUGCGCCCAAGGCGGAGGUCUCCUACUGCGGGCCCAUGUACGGACAGCCUUCCAUGGGUAUGCUCCGGCAUCACACUCUCAUGGAGACCAUCCAGGAGAACAAGCCAGUCAGCUUCCAGCGCCCGAUGAGGGGCUACUCGGAGAACAACGCCCUGCAGAGUCUGCUCACUGGAGGUCCUCCGUACUGCAACAAAGAGACGGCGUUGGGCCAGGGACGAGAAACACACACACUUAUGACACAGGGGACCAAUGGCAUUCACAGCCAGCACAGCCACAAUCAGAAUCGCAGCCACAAUCAUAACCACAAUCACAGCCAAGAGCACGCUCACAAUCCCAGCCUACACAACGGCCACGGCUCAGUCCACGACCAGAACACAACGACACGCCAUCAGAACCACAAUCAGGGUCACAAACACCAAGCCAGCCUCGACUACAGCCACAGCCACAAGCCCCUGCCUGCCCACGACUACGGCUCGAGUCACGAGCACAGUCACAGUGACAAAGUCAACGCCAGCCAGAGUCACAUGCACAACCCGCAUAGCCCUCUGCACAGCGGGCCUCACCCCCAGGCCCUCUCCCCGAGGGUUAGCACUGACAUCCUGCAGCCCUACAGCCUCAAGGCCUCGAACCACUUCGGGCCCCGACCACACCUCCCGACCUCGCCGUCUCUGCCGCCCAACCCCGCCGGCGUCAUGGACGUUCCCCAGGACCCCUGCCGCUUGGCGUCCGCGCCUCAACCCCGUCACCAGCCGUACCCCGGAGCUCACCAUCAGGGCAUGACUGACUCCUGGCACGGCUACUACCACAACACCCACCAGCAAGGGAACGCUGGUUACCAGGGGCAACAGCACAACUCCCACAGUCGAAUGGCCGCAAACCUGGAGAUGGAGAACGCCCCCAAUGGUCUGGACUGUGACGUGGACUCCAUCCUGCUCAACGACUUUAUGGACACAGAGAGCAUGGACUUCAACUUUGACGGCUCUCUGUCCCAAGGCAUGGGCAUGGGGAUGGGCAUGAGCUUGGGGGCGUUUGCUUGCCCUCCGCCAGCACACAGCAACCAGAGCUGGGUGCCGGGGUGAACCCAGGCCCAAGGGUUUGGAUAGACACAUGACCGGAAAGCUCACCCACUGGGCCAGGCUGCUGGUGGGCUGUACCCUUGGACUGACUGACUGUGAUUCUGUUUCUCUCUGAGACUGUAGAACAAAAAUACGUAUUGUCAUUUGGUUUCCUGGGGACUCCAUACACCCCCACACCCUGUUUCUAAAGCCUCCUGUCUCCAUAUUGAACCUGCCCCCACUGAGCCCCGUCCUAAAGCCUCCCCUUGUUCAUGCCCUUCAUGUUUUAUUGUUUAAGGUCUCUGCCCAAUCCCGUACUGCCUGUCCUAAGCUCUCAAGCACUUUACAUCCAUCCUAUCCAUACAGAUGCAGUAACACAAGACCAGGUGAAGUCGCGUUGUGUGUUGGCUUAAGUUUAAUGUAUGCAAUCCACUUUACAGUAUUAUCUCCUUCUGCAAAGGAGGUGUUGUUUUUGACUUGAGAACAUAAAUAUCUUUCAAUGUAGAGGUGCGCUCAGAUUGGGGUUUAAAAGCAGGAAGGCUUUGAGGUAUAAGGAUGAGGAGGGGGGGGGGGGAAGAAGAGGGAAUCACAAAUAAAGGCAUGGAGGGAUAGAAAGGAAGGGAGCUCUAUGGUCAGUAAGACUUCUCUCCCGGGUGGACAGUGGUGUUUCCUGUUUGGUUUAGUGGAGGAGGACAGUCAUACAUCAGGCAACCAUCAGGCCCCCCGCCAAUGAAAUGCAACAUCCCGUCUCUAAUCUCCAAAGUAAUGCCAGAGUGAUGCAUCGCUAUUGCAAAUCUAAUGCGCCACUUUUCAAGCUCCCCCCCCCCCUAUUCUCAACUCCGGACACAACGGCUUAAUGUGUUUUGGCGAAAGUGAUGAUUAAAGUCACUCUGCACUAAAUGGGUGAGGGAUUGAAAAGGGUGUUGUUGGAAAGAGGGGGGGUGGUGGUGGUUGGGGGGGGGGGGGGCAUUGAGGGGCGAUGAUAGGAAAGGAGAAAUGCAAAUAUUCCCUCUUGCCUCUUCCACUCCAUUUUGUGGAUUUAUGUAGCUUUCCCCGUAAUGAAAUAAGCAACGAUCAGAGCCUGCUGUGCAUCCCGAGGAGCUCUCUGAUUGGCCCGCCCGGCGUGGCUCCUCCACCGGCUGACCCGAGAACAAGCUUACCGAGCAGCUGUGGUCAGGCCCGGAUGUCGACGGAGCCGUGGUUCUCGGACCCCCUAGUCCACCUCGUCUAAUUCACGAACACGCAGGUUCAAGCCCGCUCUGCGCUUUCACUCCUGCGAAUUGCGAACCGAUGAACGGCGUCAGCGGAUUACUACUUGGGCGCUAUCUCCUCUUCCCAGGCUCCCUCCUAUCACGCCGCCCCAUCCCGAGAUCACUCGGAGGGCAAACAAGAGUAAUUAACCGCCAAACAAGAUGGAUGAUUUAUGCAAGUGCGUGUAUUCGCUCAUCGGCACAAAGUCAUAAUUCUCUCUCCCGCCAAGAACAAGGAGGGCGAUGUUUUUUGUUGAGAGGCGCCGCCCGGCGACGAGGUAAAGCGGCGAGCUUACUUGUAGUGUCCUUCAAGUCCUUCGAGCGUUUCCCCCCCGCCUUUGACAAGCGUUCCCCCGCCCCAAACCCGACCGCGGCUUCACUUUGCCGUCGUCCGUUCCUCGUGCUCGUUCCGUGGUUGUGGGUUAGGGUUAGGGUUAGAGAUAAAAGAGGGAUAAAAGCUUUUUGUGUACAUUUUUUAUUUGUGUUCAUUCCCACAGGGAAAACAGGGGGAAAGGGGAGGCGGAGGGGGCAUUCGCCAUACCCUCGUCCUGGCACCUGUCCCACUUCAAGAUGGAGAAAAUAGGAACAAGAGAGAGAGAAGAAAGGUAGAUGCAGAGAGACUGAAGGGGAGGGAGGGAGCGACAUGAGGAGGCAGCAUCCGUGAGACUGAGGGAGAUUUUCCAGCUCGGUAGCUUUCUGUUGAAUUGGCUGUUUGAAUCGGGCCAAAUGUCAAGUGCUACUCAGCCAACUCCGGCGAGCUUUGACCAACAAGCCACUUCUCCCUCCCGAUCAAGGACAAUGACGGGUAUUUCCAUACACAUUUCUUUAAGAUUUCUUCUUUUCUUCCCCCCCUCCCCCGAGUUAAGAUGGCCCAUUGUUGUGACCCAAUUGUAAUUUGUUCUCUGGACUGUGUGCACUUGUGUGUCAAGCUUCUCGUGGGUGUGCGAGCGUGUGUGUGUGUGUGUGCGUGUGUGUGUGUAGCACAGUGAUGUACAAGAAAUGAUUACGGGAAUAUUGUUGAGAACUAACACGCCCCGGUGUUGUCCAUGCCUGGAUGAGUGCGGCAUACAUAAUAUAUACAGUUUAUAUUUAUUGGUUAGGGGAGACGGGUUCUACGGAGGACCGCUCGGACCCCCCCCCCCCCCCCUCCCCUCUCUCUCUGCUUCGUCUCCUUGAUGACAAAAAGAAAGCGGAAUGAUAUUUCAGUUUGACUUCAUUUCAUUCUGUACAUAAUCUAUAUUGAAAAAAAUUGUAUUAUAAUUUUUUUGCAAAUAUCAAUUUCUUUUCUAAAAUGAUGUAUCUGCUCAUCUGGUGACCGUAAAAAUAAAGAAAUAAAAACAAAAUGAGAAUUUA